UUUUCGACGCGGUGGAGUCGUCUCUCUCUCGUUCGCUCGGCUGCUUCAAAAUCGAAAGCUGAAGCUAAGAAUCUGACGAUACAAUCUUCGUCGAGGCGAAGACGUUGAUUCAAAAUCGUCUCGGAGGCGGGAAGACGGCUAUGGCGGAAUCCUCGUCGUCAUCUUCGCCGUCGCCGACGGAGGAGCUGGUCAGGUUGAUCAAGCGGCUAGGGGCUUACGUCACCUUCAAGAUGUCCAGCCUCUUCUCUACGUAUUUUCGAAAUCUGGAUUCACGAUCCGUUGGUGCUAUUGCGGGGCUUGCCAUUGCUAUAAUUUUCACCUGGAGGGCGAUAAGAACUCCGGGGGAGCAGCAAAGAAGGCAACCGAAGAGGAGGGUAUCGACUGCUGGAAGUUCUUCUGCUGUUUCUCAGUCAAAUAUAGCAUCCAUUCCGCCUGAUGUUUCUUCGUCUCAUGAGUAUAUGGGAGUGCAAAAUGUGGUUGACGACUUUUUUCAACCUGUAAACCCGACCCUGGGCCAAAUAGUCAGGCGGAAACUUAGCGAAGGAAGGAAGGUAACAUGUCGCCUUGUUGGAGUGAUUCUUGAGCAAACAACUCCGGAAGAACUCCAGAAACAAGCAACAGUGCGAUCCUCCGUGCUGGAAGUACUUCUGGAAAUUACAAAGUUCUGUGAUCUUUAUCUCAUGGAAAGAGUUGUUGACGACGAAAGUGAAAAAAAGGUUCUCCGGGCUUUAGAAAGUGCUGGUGUUUUCACAUCUGGUGGUUUGGUCAGAGACAAGGUUCUGUUUUGUAGCACAGAGAUCGGAAGAACGUCGUUUGUCAGACAACUAGAACCUGACUGGCAUAUCGACACAAACCCAGAAAUCAUCACGCAAUUAGCAAGGUUCAUCAAGUAUCAGCUUCAUGUCUCUGCGGCGAAACCUGAGCGGACAGCGGCUCCAAACGUCUUUAGUUCUCCCUCUUUAGAACACUUCUUUGGAAGCUUUUGAUGGUCGAGGUUUAUCCACACAAAAAAAAAACUGAGAAAUGAAGCUUUCUUUCUUCUUGUUCUUGUCCUCGUUCUUGAAGUUUGAGUUAAAGACCGAAGAGUUUCCCUGUGUUUGGGAAGUAACAAUGUGUGUAAAUUACUAAAUUUCCUUUUUUUUGUAUCAGCAGAAUGUCUGAAGAAAUAUUUCAGUAAUUGAUAAUAUAAACAUUUUUAAUUCGUA